CGGCGGAGCGUUUGGUCGUCGCGGGCAGCCGUCAUGGCAGCGGAGGAGAAGGACCCGUUGAGCUAUUUCGCGGCUUACGGGAGCAGCAGCUCAGGCUCCUCGGACGAGGAGGAUAACAGCGAGCCAGAGGAGACGAGUCGCAGGGCCCCGGAUCCCGCGAAGUCGGCGAGCGGCUGUGGGAACCAGGCGGAGAAGCGCCUGCCGGGACCCGACGAGCUGUUCCGGAGCGUGACUCGGCCGGCCUUUCUCUACAAUCCGCUCAACAAACAGAUCGACUGGGAGAGGCACGUCGUCAAGGCGCCGGAGGAGCCUCCAAAGGAAUUCAAAAUAUGGAAGUCAAACUAUGUACCACCUCCGGAGACCUACACUACCGAGAAGAAACCUCCGCCUCCAGAGCUGGAUAUGGCAAUAAAAUGGUCUAACAUAUAUGAGGACAAUGGUGACGAUGCCCCACAGAAUGCUAAGAAAGCUAGGCUUCUACCGGAAGGGGAGGAGACGGUGGAAUCCGAUGAUGAAAAAGAUGAGCAUACUUCUAAAAAGCGCAAAGUAGAACCAGGAGAAACAGCAAAGAAGAAAAAAUAGGAAACAAAUGACAAGAAUUUCUGGACUGCGAAACUUAUUGAAGUGGGUUUUUUUUCAGAAGAUUAAGUUGGUAUUGUAAAUUACUGUGAUCCAACAUCUUCAUGAAAGUACGUGUCAAUUAACUAUAAGUAUUGCUGCAAGAACUUUCCACUGUAGAAUUCAUUUCUUAUUUAAAACUUUCUGUAUUUAAAACUGAAAUGGUGACUUGUGAUUGUGCAAUUGACAAUACUCGGAAGCAUUCUUGGUAUCACAGAAUUGGUGACAUGCUUUGAGAGUUUUGUCACGUGUUGAAAUGCCAAUGUUCUAUGAACCUUUUAUAAAGGAAUCUAUUUUUAAAGUAAAUAUAUUGUAAUGUACUGUGAACUUGUAGGGUGCUUUUCAACAGUGUUUGUACAGUGUAAAUAAAUCAUGGAAAUAAAAUUACUUAUUCAAUAUUACUAUUACAGCAUAACAUUAACAUUUAAAUAUUUGUGACAAGUAUGCUCUUUGCCAUGUGACGUUUUAAUAGUAGGUAUUACCAUUUUUGGAGUGCCUCCUGUGUGUUCCAGGUGCUUUGUGCAUGUUGUCUCUGAUCCUCAGAGAGCCUAGUAAAGCAGGUAUGAGUAGCCUCAUUUUGUAUUAAAGAGAGAUGAACUUGUCCAAGGUUACAUGGCUGUGAGAUAGGAAUUUGGGAUUUAACUCAGGACACUUGAACACCAAAAUCAUCGCACUGAACCCUCCCGUCCAUCAAUCACAAUUGACUUGGCCUUUAGUAACUGUAAUUGCCUCUUCCAGGUGCUCUUCUGUGGCAGUUAGUGGAGAUCUUUUCCUCCCCUGGUUGUUUGUAUUACUGCACUUACCGUCUAUGCCUUGUAUUAUGAUUGCUCAUUAAAUUCCCUGUUAAAUAGGUUUGCUGUAGAUAAGGAAUCUUCUAUAAGGAGUUGCCAGAUAUAGCAAAUAAAAAUACAGGACACCCAGUUAAAUUUGAAUUUUAGAUAAACAACAAAUAAUGUUUGAGUAUAUGCAGUAUUUAGGGCGUACUUACGCUAAAAAUUUGUCUUUCUGAAUUUCAUGUUUAACUGAGCAUCUUCUAUUUUAUCUGGCUACUCUAUUUCUACAUGUUUUCUCUACCCAGUUCCUAUUUUAAUGCUUUGCAUAUAAUCAUACUCAAGAAAAUGAACAAGAGGUAGUUGGAAGAUAUAAUGUUUGAUUUGAGUUCUACAGUCCAAAAUGCAGUGCAGUUAUUUGUAACAUUUUGAAUGAUAAAAAAGGAGAGGUUGCACACUGCAUCAAUCUUUCCAUGAUUCUUAUGCCUUUAAGAUUCAUUUCAGGACACUGCACAUUUAGUGUAUAUGAAAAAUUAAAGACAUCAGUCUUUGAGUUGUAAAAAAUUCCCAAUCUAAUUAUUUUCCCACAUGCUGGAAGCCAACAUUUGAAAAACUAUAUAAAAUUUGUUUGGUUGAGAACAUGGAUCAAGUAGAUUAAAAUUUGUAAAAGUUAUUAAGAGUGAGUGUGCCAGCCGUGGUAUUUUGUGGAAUGAGGAAGGAACAUAACAGUAUGAUGGCUUCCAGUCUAUCUCAGACACAAAAACUAAUUCUCCAGCUGCUCCUCCUCUAAGUUUACAAAUACAGUCGUGCGUGGCAUAAUGAUAUUUCUGUCAAGGACAGACUGCUUAUACAACAGUGGCCCCAUCAUAAGAUUAGUACCAUACAGCCAGGUGUGUAGUAGGCUAUAUCAUCUGUUUGUGUAAGUACAUUCUGUGAUCACAUAAUGAUGAAAUCGCUAGCAACUCAUUUCUCAGAAUGUGUCCCCAUCAUUAAGUGACACAUGACUGUAUAUGAAUCUUGAAAUUGAUCAAGAAACUUGUAAGAUUGAAGUCUUUGUAUAUGAAGAAUUUGGAGGGUUUUGGAAUCCUAUGCUGGUAAAGCAUGACCCCAGUGUGACAUCAAACUAAACAAACAGUGAUAAUUAUGAGGUUGUGAUUCCUAAAUCUGGAGAAAUCUGUAGUCUGGAUGCAUGUGUUGAUGGAGCAGAUAUCUCAGAAGUUACUGAAAUAUUACAAGGUUUUUAAAUUAGCAUGAAAGCAACCCUUAUACAAGAAGUCCAGCAAGCCACUGCCUGAAACUCUUUUUAACCUCCGUUUACCAUUCAUUGGUUCAACUCCCAACUUAGAUCAAAUAGUUUAUGGCAGAAAACAAAAAGCUCACUAAAUCAGUCACAGUGGUGCUUUGAGCCUCCUUUCUAGACGGUAACAGAAAGAGGGCAAGCAAACAUCACUUCUUUUUGGCAGGCAGGGUGUAUGUUGUGUUUUAGGACAGGUAGUGGCUACACUUGGGAGAUUAUUAAGCAACUGCUGGAAGAUGUGCACCUAUGCUAGUACAGGUCAGGCUAGUUUUAAUUUAAGUAGGGAAAAGAGAAUUCAGGAAGAAGGAGGCUAAAUAUUUUGGAGUAGUCUGACUCAGCCAUUUGUAUUUCGUUGGGUUUCUUUUCAAAAUAUGGCCAAAAAAUGGAAGGGAAAAGGAACUUGCUCAUGGAUUGCUUAACCUUCCGCAGAAGUAUCCCUGGUUGGAAAAUGUACUUUCAUGUCACUCUUCUACAUCCAUCACCACAUUAGAGAAUGGGUUCUUCUCUUCAGAGAUGUCCUGGGAACACGUUUGUGAAACAAGUGUCCAUGUGGGUACUGAAGUCAGGAGCUGUUUGGUUCAGCUAGCGAAAACCCAGUGGAGAAGAAUCUUACAAAAUCCAUAUAGAUAAGAAAAAUCCUGUAUCCAAGUUGCUUCCUUUUUAGGGAAUAAAGUCACUUGAUAUUUCUGAUUGUUUUCUUGUCUCUAAAAUAAAGAAGUUGAGCCAU